CAAUAGCGACUAGACGUUCAAGAUGCAUUGUAAUAUGUGUAGUAUAUCUCCAACCACCGGGCUUUUAUAAUAUCAGCCGAAAUCAAUGAAAGCUCUCAACAUUUUCACGAUCUCUUCUAUUCAAAUCGCUCGGAAAGAACGGUUAUUCGUUUUUAAGAUGUAAAAAAUCUUACAAAUGAAUCUUUAAUAAUCGAGAACGAUCUUACAAUGCGAUAUAUGUACAAAGUGUUCUUUUGUUGUGCUUUGCUAGCCGCUGUACAAGAAGUUGCCCAAGCAGACAAAGAGGACAAAAGCGAUGAGACGGCCGAGCUCCAUCAGGACAGCCCUGAAGUGGCCGAGGGACCUCCAGAUUCGCACGAGGCCAUGAACAAUCGCGAGAUCAAUCCAAUUACGAAGACGCGCCAGAAGCGAAGCUAUGAAUUCUUGAUGGGCCUAAUCAAUAACAAUUCCAGAUACCAAGUGACCAAGCAGGAACAGGCGGUGAAUCCCGCCGAGAAACAAGCGGAAACCACAAACGAUCUAGGGGCAGGUGAAUUGUUGCUGGAACUACUGGUCAAGAUAACCGCUAAUCCUGAUCAAUGGAGCAGGGUACAUAAAUUAUUACGUCAAAUCGAUCAAGACAUCCUCACCUCCAAAAAACUUAUAGAAGACUAUCAAAACAACACCAGAAAAAUACAAACCAUACUCGAAGGGGUAGAGAAUCCUCCACACCAAGAACAAACAACAACCACCCCACCACCAAUGGUAGAAAAAUCGAAAAAGAAGUAUAAGCAAGACGAGAUCAACAAAGAAGUAGCGAUGAUCAGUGACAACGGCCAACCAGAUAUAAACACCGGCCUCUUCAUGAACACCAUCAUCUCCACCACUUCAACAAAAGAGUGGCCAACCUUCGAGAACGAAGAGUCCAAAGUAACAUUUGUAAAUAACGAAUUAUCUUCUAACGCUCCAACCGAUCGCAUCAAGCAAGCGGAUUCAGAAUCCAGCACUACGAAAGCAUAUCCGAAAUAUUUUUCAUAUCAUAGGGUCACGGGAAAGCCGAUUUUCAUCAAUAGAAACCCCAAGGCGUACGUUGCUGUGUCCGUUGUGGCCCCAAAAUCACCAGAAGUUCACUCGGAUGAAGAUCUAGAGUUGGAGGACGAGCUCAGACAGUUGAAGCCGUGGACACACUCCCAGAACUUGAAAAAUAUGGAGUCCAUUAGAUCAAGAUGGAUCAUAGACACCUCGAAGGAAGAUAAGAACGCUGAAGUGUAAAUGAUUGCAACAUGUUAUGUAAUUUUAGGUACUUAUCUUGGUAAAACUGAAAUAUCUAUAUUUAUCUAUGAAUUGUAUAUUAUAGGAGAGUAAGUUCACUUGGUUUCUAGGAAAUUUGCCGAGUUGAAAAAUGCAAUCUCAUCGACAACCAAAUUUGGUUUAGUCAAUCGUGAUUAGAAGGGUUUUGAGGUUUAUGAUUAUGGUAUAAAUAUUUAAAUACCUUGUCAUUCGAAUAUCAAAUUAAUGUUUGAUUUAAUCUGGUAAAGGGUUUUGCAAUAGGAAUUAUACAAUUUGAAAUGGUUAUAAUGGCAACACUGUAAAUUAUUUUUGACAUUUCUUAUGUCAUUUGUGUUCACUAGGUUAAAUUAUCAUGGAUAGAAACAUGCCUCAACAACGUUCACAAAUUAUUGAAUUUUUUCAUCAAAAUCAGUGAUGAUUUGUGAAUACUGAAAGAAAUUUCAGAAAUAAUUCAUAGAGAACAUUAUUCAGUUGAUCUAUUCGCUUUCAAAUUUGUCUACAAUAUGACGAAUAGUGAGUCGAUUAACUGAAUAAGGUCUCCAUGAAUUCUUCUUGAAUUAUCUCUGUAUUCAUAAUUGAGUAUACUGAUUUUGUCGAAACAAUUUUACAAUUUCUUAACUUUGUUGAAAUGCGUAUCUUUCCAUGAUUAAAUGACAUAACCAAUCGAAUAUAAAUGACAUAAGAUAUAUCAAAAAACUAAUACAGUGUUGUCACUAAAAUGGCUUACAGAAAAUCAAAAUUUGCAAUAAUUAAUAUACAGUUAUAAAAUUGAUUUUUUGACUCGGCAUCACGAAUUUCGUUUCCACGAAUAGACAUUAGACUAUUUCUUAGACGGUAAUAGUAUGGCAAAACGCAAUAAACACUAUUUCCUGUUCAUUAACUAUCAUCAGAGAAUUUUGAAUUCGAAAAUAUUCACAAUUUCUUUCUCUUAUUUUCGAAGUGGGCUAUAAAAUGGGAUUAUCGCCUCCAUAUUUUUCAAGGAGGUGGAUGAAUUGAGCUUAUUUUCAUUCUUAUAACCUUCUAUAUGAAUUAUUCAUCAUGUAAUAAAAUACCUACCGAAACAGAAUAAAGGGCACAAUAUGACUCCAUGAAUAAACAGACACCUUAGUUUCUUCAAAUUAGACGAAAUUUUGAGAUGGAAUAGUACAGCUGAAAAAUUGAAUGUUGAUUUUAAUUUAUAUGUAAUUAAAUACACUACAAAGUAAAA